UGGACGCCGCCUCAAGAGAAGGCUCAGCGGUGGACCCUGGGUCGCGUCGGAAAAGUCCGAUGCUGUGGUCCUUAUUUAUAUAUAAUAUGUUGCCGCCUAUGUCAUUUUUCGGCCUGUUCUCCUGACUUGCACAUUCCUGCCUUCCUACCUUUCGUAUUUCCCAUUCUCAGUGUUUGCUUUUGGCAAGUCAGUCAAGCUCACUCGCCGUAAUGGGUGCGAUAGAUGGACCCUAUGAGCAAAACUAAGCUUGUUCCCAGGAUUCGGCCAUUGACCUUUGUAAAACUCUCCAAUCACUGUGUGCAGCGGUAGAGAAAUGUGAAUCUGAAUAGCCAUAACUGGUUUGGGAAUAUGCUAACUCCCAAUGAAAUUUUGACAGCUUGACAUAUGUUUUGGAAACACGCUGUUUCUACAGCGAUGCCCAAAACGAUGCCAAUGAUACCUGGAGCGACACCUCAGAAGCCCAUUCCUAGCCACAGCCCCAUGUGUAGACUAGCAAGGAAUUUGUCCAAGGCCUUUGCAAUCUGUUGAAAGAAUAGUUUUCAUGUGAGUUGUAAGAGAAACCAAAAGGAACUCAGGGGUUGAAAGGGAUUGUAGGGCUCUUUGUUUUUUGAGUGGGACUGUGUGGAACAAGAAGCAACCUUGAAGAGCGAUUCCAUGGCUGAACGCCGCACAUACGCUUGCUCUUUGACAUUCCCAAUCAUAAAUAUUGAGUAUGUGCAAAAAUGGUUGUCCAGACCGCCGCGUUGUUGAAUGUCUCAACUAGGACGCUCGGAUAUUUUUAUAGUCCAGAGCCACAUUUUGGGUACGUUAAGGUAUGUAGUCAAUUGCAGCUGUGACCACAAUACUGGACUGUCAAGAUACCGUCAGUUUCCUCACAAACCACCACCAAGGAUGUGUUUCCUCAUUUGGGGUUUCCGCCUUUGGCCAGGUAGUCGUAUCUCACCUCAGUGUAUCCAGUGUGUCCCACCAUAGUUCCUAUGCAGAUGUUGUGUUGCGCAGAGGCAAUUGCUACAGAAAGAACCUUAAACACAAGGUUUGCCCUUUUCCAAGUGCACCACAGACUCACAGACAUGACUCUGAAUGCUACGUUCCUGGGUUUGCAUUAACUACAAAGCACACUAAGGACGGUCUCAAAGAAUUGCCGAUCUACCUAUCCCCAGUGAUGCCGGUGACAUCCGAGCAAUUCGAUGGCUCUGAUUUGCAGAUAUUUCUCAGCAAGCUUGGAAUAGGCUGAGUCGGUUUUAAGCCAAAGCAAUGGGAGUCCCAGAGUCCCAGAGUCCCAGCCCUCAAUGUUCCAUGAAGGUUACGAUGUUCUGCUGUUCAUGGACUCCAUCGAGGAGGUCAUGCACCUGUCGGCGGAGAGCCAGAUGGAUCCAGACUUUGCUGCGCGAAUUGAUUUGAUCCAGGUCACUGGGCCGCCGCAGACCAUAGCAGCAGCUACCCCAACUGCCGGCUCCUGCGGCCUGCAUGUCAGCUGGGCUGCGUUCCAGCUGCUGGAAAUGCUUGGUCUUUUGGUACCUUCAAGGUGUGGCCCGGCGCUUUUUCUCGGAAACAUUGAUGGAACUGGAGGGGAGGAUGCAGCCAUGAAGCAGGCCCUCAACCUUGCCCACACAGCAAUGACAAAGCUUACUGAUGAUUUGCUUCCAAGUCUCGAAGAUAGACUUUGGAAUAGAACGGAUAGCGAUCUCGUUUUUGCCAUCGGGGCCAUCCUGAAGGGAAUGCUGACAGUGCGACAACAAUGAUCAGCAGACCUUGGACACGCCUAUGAGAGUCAGCCUUCAGUGUUACAGUUGGCGAUCAGUUGGGUUGAAACGAACCCGAAGGAGCAGAAAA